AUUCUGGGGACUGUUCUAGGGCUCUUGCUAGUUCAUUGAUGCAGAUAUUGAAUAGUGUAGGGCUUAAGCUACAGCCCUGUCUCACGCCACGACUCUGGGGGAGGAAAUCUGUGUGUCUGUUGCCAAUUUUAACUGCAAAUUUGUUAUUAGUGUACAUGGAUUUGAUGAUAAAAUAGUAAGAUAAAAUUAAUCUUACUUCAAAUAAUUUUGAAGAGAGUGUCAUGCCUGAACCAGCGAAGUCCACGCCCAAGACGGGCUCAAAGAAGGCCGUCACCAAGACCACCGGCAAAGGAGGGAAGAAGCGCAGGAGAUCCAGGAAGGAGAGCUACGCUAUCUACGUGUACAAAGUGCUGAAGCAGGUUCAUCCUGACACCGGGAUCUCCUCAAAGGCGAUGGGCAUCAUGAACUCUUUCGUCAACGACAUCUUCGAGCGCAUCGCCGGUGAGUCCUCUCGUCUCGAUCACUACAACAAGUGCUCCACCAUCACAUCGAGAGAGAUCCAGACUGCCGUGCGUCUGCUGCUGCCCGGGGAACUGUCCAAACAUGCCGUGUCUGAGGGAACAAAGGCCGUGACCAAAUACACAGCUCAAAGUAAACCUCGUCUGAUCUGAUCAGAGAACACAAAG